ACUCCCUGUGACAAAAUGGCGAACCGUAACACUGUCCACCUCUCCGAGGAUCAAAUAGGCGAUUUAAGAGAAGUUUUCGACACGCAACCUGAACGAUGACGUGGACUGCAAGCCCCUCCUGCCGGUCAACAGCGAGAACAACGAACUCUUUGAGAAAUGCAAGAACGGAAUCAUCCUCUGCAAGCUGAUCAACAAGUCUGCCCCAGGCACCAUAGACGAGCGAACCAUCAACAAGACGAACCUGUCAGUGUACCGGCGGCACGAGAACCUGACGCUGGCCAUCAACUCGGCCCAGUCCAUCGGCUGCAGUGUGGUCAACAUCGGCCCGGAUGAUCUCGACAUGGGCAAGCCGCAUCUGGUGUUGGGUCUGCUCUGGCAAAUCAUCAGAAUCGGUCUGCUCAGCGACAUCAACCUGGCCCACCACCCCGGCCUGGUGCACCUGCUGCAGGAGGACGAGACCCUGGAGGACCUGCAGAAACUGUCGCCCGAGCAGAUCCUGCUGCGCUGGGUCAACUACCACCUGGCCAACGCCGGCUGCAUGAGGCGCAUCAACAACUUCUCCGAGGACAUCAAGGAUUCGGAGGCGUACACCUAUCUUCUGCACCAGAUCUCACCCAAGGAUGCAGGCGUGGACCUGUCACCACUUGGGGCGUCAGAGGGCCUCGAGCGGGCUGAGGCCAUGCUCCAACAGGCACAGAAGAUCGACUGUCGCUCAUUUGUUGGGCCGGCCGAUGUGGUGGACGGCAACGCCAAACUGAACCUGGCCUUUGUGGCCAACCUGUUCAACAACUACCCGGCCCUGGAGGGAGUGGACUCGGACAUGCAGCUGGAGAUUGUGGAGGAGACCCGGGAGGAGAAGACCUACAGGAACUGGAUGAACAGCAUGGGCGUGUCCCCGUACGUGCACUACAUCUACAAUGACCUCACCGACGGGCUUAUCAUCUUCCAGCUCUUCGACAUCUGCAAGCCGGGCAUCGUGGAGUGGAACCGCGUGCACAAAAAGUUCAACAAGUUGAAGAUCAAAUACGAGAAGAUUGAGAACUGUAACUACGCCUGUGAGCUGGGCCACAAGCUGGAGUUCUCUCUGGUGGGUGUGGGCGGCAGCGACAUCCAUGACGGGAACCAGACGCUCACGCUCGCUCUGGUGUGGCAACUGAUGAGAGCUUACACCAUCUCCAUCCUGACCGGCCUGUCUGCCAACAGCAAGAACGCAGAGAAACUUAUCCUACAGUGGGCCAAUGAGAGGCUGGACAAGAGUGCGCGUUUCUCGGGCUUCGGUGACCAGAACCUGUCGGACAGCAUCAUCCUCAUCAAGCUCAUCGAGAAGAUCAAGCCAUCAGCUGUCGACUGGAAGGUCGUCUCCGACGCACAGUCUGAGGAGGACAAGUUAGCCAACGCCCGCUACGCCAUCGGCAUUGCGCGUAAGAUGGGGGCCAAGGUGUACGCCCUGCCCGAGGACAUCGUGGAAGUUAAGCCCAAGAUGGUGAUGACGAUCUUCGCCUGUCUCAUGGCGCGCGACCACAGCCAGAACGGCCAGCAGCUCACCGAGGGCCAGCAGUGAUUCCAUGAGAUGUUUGUGGCUGUCGAUGUCGGUCUAGGAGUGGGUGGGUGGAUGGGUUGGUGGGUGGGGUGGGGUGGGGGGGCAAGAUUUAUAGAUCAAGUCCUGCACAUUGCUUAUGUCAUGUUGUUGUAGCAGUACAGUGAGUGAUGUCUCGUGUAUUGAACUGUUGUAGAGUAUGAUGAUACCCUCUUAAGAAUCGCCCUUUCUCUUGGAUAAAAUCUUUUUUUUUUUGUAUGAAAAUACUUUUUUUUGUAUCUCCCCCCCACCCCCUAAAUUUCUUUGGAAAUAAGGUCGGGGGAGGAUAGAGUGGAGAUUGGGCUUCUUCCCCUUUGCGUCAUCUUAAAUAAAAUCUACAGAAGUAGACUGUUAGAAGAAUGGUCAUUUGUCUAUAUUGGCUGUUAACGAUAUUGUUCAGCACACAAAAAGGCUUUGAAAGAAGAUAUGUUUGUUUUGAGAAUUUAUUUGUGCCAGUGUUGUACUGACUAUUUUGUACAUCAUUAUACAUGCAGCAGGAAUGAAAGACGCUAUUGAUAUUAUUUUGAUUUAGUUUAACAAGGGGAGAAUGGUGACUUGACUGUGCCUGAGUAAGUUGAUAGGCGGGGGUCCCAACUAUAUUGUUUUUUGGGGUCGCGAGGUCACUGUGGAUCAAAGGAGAAAGCUAUUGUGCAGGACUUGUAUUAUUUCUGCUGGUGUGUAACACCUAGAAAACUUAUUAUUAUUCUACCAGGACUGUUUGGUGCGCUGGGCGAUUCUUGCGUUGUUCGUUUUGUGGGUUUGUGGACUGCGCACUGUAUGUCUGUUUACUGGAGGGCCUAAGUCUAGGUCUAAGGUAGUGCUUCUUAUUUAGGUCAAGGGUUAAUUCCUAGAGGAAUGUAUCCAUAUGGACUGUAAAUGAACAAAACUGUGGUAGAGAAAAGGAGCAAGAAUGGGUGAAUGGGGGGUGGGGGGGGGGGGCAGAGAAUGAAAUUUUGUAUGGUUAAGUCUCAAAAGUGAAUGUCAGUCUUGACAAAGGUUAAGAAGCGCUGGUCUCAAGGUCGACAAACAUAACUGUUUUACAUUGUGAUCACCCAGCUGUGCAGCUCUUGAUGUCAACAGUUUUUGUCAACCUACACAGGAGUUUUAUGUUCAUGCAUUCGACUGAUUUUUAUCCCCUUGUAUUUUGUACAGCCGUGGCGCAGAAACAUUGACGCUGAUGGUAGUUACUUCCCCCCCUCCCCAUCCUGCGCGACUCGGUGAUAAUGAUUUGCAAGUUGACAAUAUUAAGUGCUCUUAGGCUAGGUUGCGCGGCCCGCAGGGGUCGUGUCUGUCUGUGCGUGUGUGGCCUCGUGUGGGCAAAGAGGUUGACCUCAUUUCUUGUUGUAACUGACUCCGGGUUUGUUUGUUUUCUUUUCUUAAUUGUGGGAACACUGCUGGGAACAAUGUCACUUCUGUUUUGAACUGUCACAAAGCUUUGCGUAAAGGUAUGUUAGAUUGCCUGUAGUCAGUAUCGACAUUCUCUUCUCCGUGUGCUGCAUUGUACAUUCGUACGCGCACAUUCUUGACACAUGCAUGCACACAUAGUAUCUCAUCUUGAGUUAAUUCUGUUGCUGUAUGUAUUUUAUUGAUGAACAAAGUGCAUUGUUUGGCUUGGACUUUGCUGAUAACGCUGUUUAAUGUUAGCACUUUCUGCUGGGUUUGUCGUUUUGGCCCCCCUUCCAUCUUCUCUGUCUGUCAUUUCCUCGUCCACGACUGACUCUUGUGCAUAGAGGGAGACAUGAGGUGAGAUUGUUGUGGGGCUCUCGCACCUUUCCUUGCUUAGGCCUCUACCGAUAAGAGGUAGCUUUUUUAUUGAACGAGACAAAGAUUUUACCAGUGUCUUAGCUAAAUGGUUUAUGCCUCAUGAACACCAACACGUACUGACUUGAUUAUGCCAUUUCCUACUGAUACUUGGGAUCAUUUGUACAGAUUUCAGGGAGUGAGGGGGGGGAGGGGGGUCAAAGUUUAGGUAAUUUUUUACACUCCCCAUUUUCCUGUUAUUCUUCCCUUAUCCCUCAGUGAGAUGGGGUUUUGUGUCUAUAGAGUUUAUUGAAAUAGUUGUCAUUCCAAUCCACUGGUUCUGCUUUACAUUAUUGGAUGCUUUUACUUUUACAUUGACUUGGCCAUGGAUAUUGUGUGUGCCGUAGAAUAAAUCUUUCUUUUUUUAGAGCAGCUGAUUGCAAGGUUUUUAAAAAUCUUAGAUAGAGUGUAAUGUAACUUGCCUCUGGCAGACGCACUUUUUGAGACUGGGUAAACUUUUUUUUAUAUACACAUAUGUAUGUUUUGAAAUGUCUUUGAUACAUUGACACUCUGCCAUUCCAAUAAGUUCCCUCUGAAUGUACCUGAAAUGUGUUUACUGCCUCAGGUCAAUUUGAAUUUAUUCCAAUGGAUUUUUGAGUUUCAUCAUUCAUGAGAUAAUGCUUAGCCUUGACUGAUAAAAACAUUUUAAUGAUUAGGGUUUUUUUAUUUGAAUUGUAAGCGCAUGUAAAAUGGAGGUAUGAACCGACCAGAAAGGAUGUUUUUCUUUUUAUAUCUCAGGUUUUCUAGUUAGUACCGCUUUUUGUAAUUCAGUUAUCGUUUGUGUGAAAUCUUCUUUCCGUAUGAAGAGCAAAGUUAGAGAUUUGUAGGCUAUUUCAGUUGGCUUUUUUCAGUUUUGUCUUUUGAAGCAGUGUCAGGAGAGACAUUAUUUUCCUGUAAUCUUAUUUCUCAAAUGCCUGUAAGUUUUGUCAAUGCCAUGGUAUUAGACAAGUUAUGAUUAUGAUGGGGGGGUUAGAAAGCUCGUGUGCUUUGGGAGUCUUUCAUGUUGUUUGUCUCUGCUGUGAUUUUAUAUUAUAGCAUGCCAAAAGGAACCUGUGGCAACUGGCAGAUGAAGGAGUGACUGCUCCUUGCUUCAGGAUGAUAUGAACAGUUUUGUGGAUAUGUUUUAUCGUAACUGCUGAUCGGAUUAUUUCACGGUUAGACUUUUGGUGAUAAAGGUCACUUGUGUUGGUAGUCAGACUCCUUGCAAUGCUAAAGCGGUCACAUUUUGUUUGUCACAAGAGUCUGUCCUUUAUAAUAGGAAAAACAAUGGAAUACCUUACCUGUAUUUCCUUAAUAUCGUUUUUUUGUCUCUCAUAUGUGCAUUACGUCCUGAAAUGUUGAUGACUAUUAAUACAAGGGCUUUUUACUUAUAUUCAAGGGAGGUAAUGGUGUCUAAAGAACCAUAUCGUUAUGAGACUUGUACCGAGUUGGAAUGUCUCUCCUGUGCUUUCCGUUUUCGUUUUGAACUGUUCUCAUGUCCUUUGCUUUUUUGGUUUUGUAGCACUUUUUGUUUUUUGGGUUUUUUUUUUUUUGUUGCUUUGUGUAAGUUGUAACCCGGGCUUAGAAAAUUGGGACUGGUAGGGGCAGGUAGUCAGAGAAUCGCUCAGUUUUAUGAGAAACUCUUAUCUGUUACGCAGUUGUGUCCCUUGGUUUAGCCUACUUGUCUCGCCAGCAUUCUGUGGCUCUGGAGUGAAUCGAGACACACACGAGACUGCCCCGACGAGAAAUGAGCAAACAAACAGUGUGUCACUACACGGUGAACGAACAAACAGUGAGAGUUGCUACAUGAUGAGUAUGUCUCUGCAUGCAUUGUACGGGGGGCUCCUCUAUCGUUGAGUUUACCUACCAUCUCAUCAGUUUGACAUGUUCUCUGCAUUCUUGUUUUUUUUUUUUUUGUGUGCAUGUUAAUCAGUGUGAUUCAGUUAACUUUCCUCCAUCAUUCUGUUGUGAUUAUAAGUUUCUUUUCUGCCAUAGUCAUGAAAAUGCAUACAACAAAACAAAACAAAAAAAACCCUAAACAUUAAACCUUACAUCUUGCUUUCUUUUGUACGAUAAUUUCUUAGGAGAUUGAUGAUAAUUAUUUUUGUAUCGCCACAUCAUUUUGUACAUCCUUGAUUCAUUUUUACAAGAGCUCUUCUAUCUAUAUACAUAAAGUGUGAGCUUAGUGAGACCGCACUACGUGGCUGUUGGCUGUACACACACACACACACAUAUAUAUAUAUAUGAAAAGAUCUAUAUGUCGAGAUGUAUAUGUACGCCCAGCAACCUGCCGCUGCAAUUCUUGUAAGCCGAGAGGAUUUACCCAGGUACCCCCAGUGGCAGGAAAUGUGUCCGUGUGUGGUGGCAGCGAGGCUUAACUCCUGCCUGGAGGUUCCACCUCCCACAUGUCUGGGGUUCCUUCAUUCACGCGGUGCUGUCAGGUACACUUAAACAUAUCAUAGCAGGUUGAGAGACUUGUCCUCACGGUCAGAACACAAUUGCUCAAGUCAUUAUUUUUGUUCUAAGAAAACUUGAAAAAAAACUGCUUACCAAAGUCAGUGGUAUGACUUAACAAAAGUGAAAAUGUCUCAAUAAUACAAUUUUUAAUUGAUCUACUGGGAACAUAACUGCUGUAUUGAGGAUAUGUAGGAAGUAAUGGCAUUUUUACAAUGCUAGUAAAUAGAAACAUGAAAGGAAUGACUUGCCCAGUUAUGUUAUGACCGUGAACUUGUUUUGCUUUCUUCAAGUUGUAAGUGUUGGGUUUUUUAUUAUAAAGAACAGAACAAAGCAGAUUAUACUACCAAAGCAAACCAGCUCAACAAGUAGGCUAUAUCGUUUUGUUUGAUCCUCUUGUUAGCAAGGGAGAUACAUUUAUCAAAAGAUAGCUAAGCACAGAUGCAUUUAUCAAAAGAUAGCUUGUUUUAGUAGCCCUCUUGUGGCUCAACUGGAGGAGAACUUGACUGACAGAUGGAUGCACAAGGCUUUACUUGAAAUCCUUGUGGGCUCUGAAUGUUCUUCAAGUACUUCUUUCUGCCUGGUCCCAAAUUGAGAGGCAGAGAUUCUAUUUUUAGUUUUGAUUCUGUCAAGGUGGUAUUACUUCAACAAAACAUGUGUGUCCAUCAACGAUAGGAUUGAGAUACAAGGCAAAGAGACAAGUGGUCUGAAUGCCGUAGCCACCUUGUUAACAUUUUUUCAUGUUGUAAGAAAGUCAGUGUGCGAUAUAGCCACUUUAGUGUCAUCAAUGUUCAUGCUGGGUUUUCUUUUUUUUUUUUUUUUUUUUAAAUUCUGUUUGUGUAUAGAGAGUAUACAUUAUGCCUAUUCCAUCAUAAUACACUACACUCUUGAUUAAAUUAUUUUAAA